AUGCCGACGCUAGAGCCAGACCACGCCUUCGCAGCUGGCAUCCUCCUCCUCGCCGUCUUGGUUUUCGUGGGCGUCGGCCAUGCUGCAACGGAGUCUGAGGCCGAUGCGCUCCUGGCCUGGAAGGCCAGCCUCGAUUACCCGGCCACGAUGUUCAGCUCCUGGAACAAGACCGCGCCAGUCUGCUCCUGGCUCGGCGUGUCAUGCAAUGCCGCUGGCCUCGUCGAAUCGCUCAGGCUCCGGGGGCUAGGCCUGGGCGGAACGCUCGACGAGCUCAACGCCACAGCACUUCCGGCACUCACCACGCUCGACCUCAAUGGGAACAACUUCUUCGGCGCCAUCCCGGCAAGCCUUUCAAGGCUGCGCUCCCUCGCCGAGCUCGACCUCGGCAGCAACGGCUUCAAUGGCUCCAUCCCGCCGCAGCUGGGCGGCCUCUCUAGCCUCGUUGGCCUGCGUCUUUACAACAAUAACCUCGUCGGAGACAUCCCGCACCAGCUCAGCAGGCUCCCCAGGAUCGUGCAUUUCGACCUGGGCGCCAACUUCCUCACCAACCCGAACGACUACCUCAGGUUCUCGCCGAUGCCCACCGUCACCUUCAUGUCACUCUACCUCAACUACCUCACCGGCAGCUUCCCGGAGUUUGUCCUCGAGAGCAGUAACGUCACCUACCUCGACCUGUCGCAGAACAAUGUCUCCGGACCGAUACCGUACUCGCUGCCAGAGAAGCUCCCCAACCUCAAGUACCUCAACUUGUCCGUCAAUGCCUUCUCCGGCCAGAUACCGGCGUCUCUGUCCAAGCUCUCGAAGCUCCGGGACCUGCGGAUUGCAACCAAUAACCUGACGGGUGGCAUCCCUGAUUUCCUUGGGUCCAUGUUCCAGCUGAGAGUUCUUGAACUCGGCAGCAACCUACUUGGCGGGGCGAUUCCAUCGGUUCUUGGCCAGCUCCAAAUGCUGCAACGCCUUGACCUGAGGAGUGCCGGGUUAGUUUCCACUAUUCCACCACAACUAGGCAACCUUGGCAAUCUCAGUUUCAUGGACCUGUCCAUGAACCAGCUCACCGGCGUCCUGCCUCCGACGUUUGCCGGGAUGCACAAAAUGCGGGAGUUUGGUGCAGCGUCAAAUAAACUCGUCGGUCAGAUUCCUUCAGCUUUAUUCACGAGUUGGCCUGAGCUAAUAUCGUUCCAAGCAUUUGGAAACUCGUUCACUGGGAAGAUCCCAGCGGAGCUCGGUAAGGCAACCAAGCUAGGAAUCUUGUAUCUCUUCAGCAACGACCUUACCGGCUCUAUCCCAAUAGAGCUUGGUGAGUUGGUGAACCUGAAUACCUGA